AUGGAUGCUGUCAAACUAGUCCAGAAUCUCCAGCAGGAGACCACCUGCAGCGUCUGCCUGACAUUCUUCUCAAAGCCUGUCACCCUUGCCUGUGGGCACAGCUUUUGCCAAAUGUGUCUGACCAGAAGCAUGGGAAAUGAGGUCACAUAUUUCACUUGCCCCGAAUGCAGGAAAAUCUCCCACAACUUCUCUGGCCUCAAUGUGCGCCUGUCAAAGCUGCUGGCUGUCUGUAAGAAUCUCAAUCCUCAGAACCUGAAGAAUCCUGUAGGACAAAAAUACUGUCAGAAGCACCAGCAAGUCCCCAAGCUCUUCUGUAAGGAGGACCAGAUCUCCCUCUGUAUAUCUUGUGCUGAAGGUCAGGAGCAUGCAGCUCACACCUUUUCUCCCAUUAAAGAGGCUGCUCAGAACUGCAGGAAAAAGCUCAAAGACACUGUACCUCAUUUGAGAAAGAAGAUCAAGGAAUGGAAGAAACUGAAAUCUUCAAAGAAGGAUAAACUAGAUAAAAUGUGGAGAAAGUUAAUUAGAGGAGAAUAUGCAAUAAUUCAUCAAUUCCUCUAUGAGGAGGAGAAGAAAUAUAUGGACAGAUUGAAAUAUGAUGAAUACAAGUCUUCCCAGCUAAGGGACAACUACUGUAAGACAAUAAAUCAACAUGCGAAAAACAUGGAAGAUACUCUCCAAGAGAUAGAUGAAACAACAUGCAGACCAGAUUUGGACCUGCUUGAGGAAAGCAAAGAGCUGUUGACAACAAGUGAGUCACUGCUCUCUGAAAAACCAGAGUCUUUCACUCUGCAAUUAAGAAAAUAUCCUGUCACUGGGAUGAGGAACUGUCUAGAGAAAUUCAAAGUAAAUAUCACUAUGGAUCCUGUGACAGCCAGUAACUUCGUGGUUAUAUCCGAGGAUUUGAAGAAGGUAAAACAUGGAGAUAACUGUCCAGAGCAGUCCAACUGCCCUGAAAAAUUUCCUUAUUAUUUUGUCUUUGCUGAGCAAUCAUUUGAUUCUGGCAUCUACUACUGGGAGGUGGAUGUGAAGGAGCAACCUCAAUGGGCACUGGGGUUAGCCACCAAGUCCCUCAGGAAGAGGAAGACCACACAGUACUCAGUUGAAUAUCUAUACAUACUUUGCUUCGAGAAGAGAGGAAAUAAAUUCUACCUCGUCACCCGACCAGGAUCAGUUUGA